GCCAAAAAAGCAGGCGCGGUCCAGUGCAGCGCGCUGCCAAUCUCAAAGGGAAGGGACAGUUUGUUGCAAGCCUUCCGUUACGUUACGUGGCUGAACCCAUUUCCAGAGAUUCCGUCAACCCAAAAAUUCGUCCGGACAGAUCGCGAUAGCGCAGCGGCGGCCUCUUCCCACAGCAUCAUCAUCCCAGCUUCGCACCCUCGUUAACGGCUAGAACUUCGCGUCAACCCACGCGUGUAUCCCCGAACAAGCUUCUUGCACGGUCAUUCAACCCAGAAGUUCAUUUGCGCAGCAAUCGCCCAAGAUGGACUCUUCCGAGCCGGAGCAGACUGCCUUCUCGUCGGUCACAGCCCACACCUCAAAGCUGCAAAGACAAUACCAAGCGCUUCUCGAUCAGUCAACCCCCUUCGUGCUUUACAGAUGGAUCGCCACGGGCGUGUGCCUCCUGGGCUUCUUCGUUCGCAUCUUCGUGGCGCAAGGCUGGUACAUUGUCGCCUACGCUCUCGGAAUCUACCUGCUCAACCUGUUCCUGGCCUUCCUGCAACCAAAGUUCGACCCCUCCAACGAGGCCAUGGACACUGAGAUGGAGGACGGUGGUGUCGGCAUUCUCCCCACCAAGCAGGACGAGGAGUUCAAGCCCUUCAUCCGCCGCCUCCCCGAGUUCAAGUUCUGGUACUGGGCCACCCGCGCCAUCGCCAUCGGCUUCUUCUGCAGUUGGUGGGAGAUCUUCAAUGUCCCCGUCUUCUGGCCCGUCCUGGUCAUGUACUGGUUCAUCCUCUUCUUCCUGACGAUGCGCAAGCAGAUUCAGCACAUGAUCAAGUACCGCUACGUUCCCUUCACCUUUGGCAAGAAGAACUACGCCAAGAACAGCUCCUAAAGGGGGCCACGCAACUUUACGACGCGAUGGGAUCAGCGGGUUUUUACGAGAGACAAAUGUCGUUGUCACGCCCGUCGAGGCGGGACAUGUGUAAGAGUCUAGGCACGCCGGAGAAAAAAAUUAAACAGUAUGCGAGGAUGAAUACACAUUUUUGACGAAGUCUGGAUUGGCGACGAUAGGCGAAGGCAAACUGUAUGUACCUAUAGAAAGGAGGCCACGGGUAUGAGUGCAUGGAUGGUUGCGACGGCGACGGCGAACUACACGGGGCGCAUCAGGAGGUCCUCCCGCACGGUCGGGAGCCAUUGCCCCGUUGAUGAGUGACGGUUUUGCUUUGAAAUCAUUCAUCUCAUACUACGUAUUGUAAUAGAGAGGACAAACAUGUCUCUGAUUCUUCAUCCA